CGGUGGACUUGCUAAAAUGACCGAGCCGAGUUUCACUUGAUCCAAUUUCACAGCAAAGCGCCUCUCUCUUUAUGCGUCUUUACUUCACCUAACAACCAAUCGAAGCUGUUGAUCUCGCCGGAAAAUGUCAUUAUGGACCUUGAAACCAGUGGGCUGCCGGAUCCCUCCGGUGACCGGAGCAAAAGGGUCGCACUCAAAAGUCACAAUGGUGAAUAGACCAGCUCCCCCUCAUCUCCAGGUGAAAGAAAAGGAGAAACCACUUUUGCAGGAAAGCUUGACUAUCACCUCUAGGCGGGAAAUGAUGCAUGUAACAGCUGCAUCUCUAAGCCUAGUCUCUCUUCUCUUGCCAGCAACUGCUGAAGCACGCCCUAGAAACGCCACCGUGAGGCAGAAGAUUAUGGAGAAACUUGAAGAGCUCAGGCAAAAGGCCGGUUUGUCAAAGCCAAAAGAGGAAGGUGAAGAGAAGAAACCAGAAGAAGAAACCAAAGACAAGAAUCCAAAGCUAGAAGACAAGAAGUCAAAACCAAUUGGCGAGGCUGAAGAAAAGAAAGCAAAGCUGAAAGACGAGGCCGAAGAACAGAAGCUGAAGCUGAAAGAUAACGAUGACGAAAAGAAGCCUGCAGCUACACAACAACAGCCCAAAGUACCCCAAUCAAUUCCAGCACUCCCAAAUAUCCUCAAUGAUAUAACUGUGUAGCAACGCUGAUUUUGGAACCUGAAAUAAGGCUGUAAUGUUUGUACUCGUGUGCAUGUCGGGAAUUCAACUCAAGAAUCAGUCCAAGCAAUUAAUCUUUCGUGUU